AUGGCACACAGGUCAGCGCUCUUCGAAGCUUUUGAAACAGACAGUGCGUUCCGCUUGUGGCAUACAGAGAACAAUGUUUGCCAAUGCUUAUCCUGCCAGGGAGAAGGAUACAGCUGGUCAGGGUCGCUGACCUUCUUGACCAAUGGCGAGACCAACAACGAAGAGCAGCUUUGGGUCAUCACAUCCUUCACCGAGGACGGGAAUGCCUUCAAGAUUGCCAACGUGAAGCACGGACUAUUCUUAUGCGCACAUAGGCGGCUCGCUGGCCCAAUCCUCUUUUGUCAUCGAGAAAACGGCGAGUCUGAUCAGGCGUGGCUUUGCCUUCCUACUCUCCAGGACCGUUUCGACCUUAACAAUGUAAAUGUCGGCAAAGUAGCCAAUGGCUCGUGGCAUGUGGAGCAUGUCCGGACUUUCGCAGGCUUCGGCCAAAGGCCUGCGCCAACAACUCCGGCUGCAGAUUCCCACACCAUGGGCAUUGCUGCUGCAGCAGGGGCUGCGGGAGCAGUGCUGGGGGCUGCAGCCAUCGUGGGUGCUGCGGCCCUCGGCAGCAAUGAGAAUCGAACACGUAACGCCAACGACAGACGCCGUGAUGUUGAGCGCCGACGAGAGCAAGAUGACAAAACUGCCCUUGCAGCUGUGGCUGCUGGAGCAGCUUUUGGAGCCGUCGCCGGAAUUUCCAAGGCAGUUUCGUACUUCAGCGGAACUGCUCCCAUGAGCUCUACGUCUACUCCGGCAAGCUCAAGCACCGGGACAGCACCGCAGCCUACUCCGACAAGCACGAGCACAGGGACCACACGGCAGUCGCCGGUUCGAGUUGAGGAGCGGUACUCGGCUGCGGCGCGUGCAUCACAGACCCCUUCUGAUGGAGGCAAUCCGAACACUUUCGGAUACGCGGCUGGUCAGACGGGCACGGCAUCAGCCACACCCUGCAAUCACGAUGCAGAAGGAUGGGAGACCGAGAGCACGGCGUGGACGGUGGUUUCCAGUUGCGACGAGUCUUCUUCACCCGGCGCUUCGUCGAAGGAAGUCAAAGACAACAUCGAUCGGGCAGGCAUUGAGCAAGCAGUGAAUGCCAUUUCGUCUUCGGCCGAGCCUACGACUUUGAAGCGGGCCCGUUUGCAAUGCCUCUCUUCGCUCCUGAUCAGCCUUUUGGAAAGCCCGAGUGAUGCCGACCGGCUCAGAAAGUAUGACCUACUUGUUCAAUCCAAGCUGGACGCGGCCUGCUUCCAUACCCUCGAAGUGGCAGGAUUCCACGACCGCGGAGAUGAGUUGGUGUACCAGACGGACGGUGACGAGAAGUCUGUGCUUCUUGUGCUGGCUAUGCUGGAAUCUGCACUCGACACUUUGCCCCCAGAGGACGAGGAAGUCACAGAAUGGAAAGAAGUCGCAGGCCCCAGGCUUCCUGCUGUCGCCGAAGCGUACAAGCAGCUUUGCUCCGGACCGGAUGCAGCGAAGCGGAAGGAGGACUUGUCAAGCAUCUGGGCCAUUGUGGACAGUGUGACGUGGCAUCGCGUGAGGUGGAAAUACAAGCAACUAGACCGGUCGUCGCAGCUCAGCUUGGAAGGCACGCGUGAGAAUCAGCAGUUGCUGCAAUGCGCGGGCUUCGUGUCUGAUGAAGACGGUACGAUGACUUUCACUGGAGCGAGCUCCGAUCAGUUGCGCCAAGUGCAGGAUGUGAUCCUCGAUUUGAUCAAGAUUGCUGGGGAAGAGGGCAUCGUAGGAAGUUCUGCAGGUAGCGCUCCACCUCGGACCGCCAGCACGACUACCACAACACAACGACGCCUAUUCAAUGUCCCAGAAAGGCGUCUCCUUUUGCACACCAUUCGCUUCACCCAAAAUAGUGUUGCCUCGCACUUCCGGGAUGGCCGGUCUCUACAGGAAACCGUGAACUUGUUGCGGUCUGGGAUGGCCGUCGAUGACCUUCCGGCCAUCCGUGUGGUCGAGUGCAUGAACCACUUUUGGAGUCUGGACAAUCGACGCCUGAGCUGCAUGAAGGAAGCCUUUCCGGAGCGACGCCAUGCAGACAAAACGAUUCCAGUGAAGAUGGAAGCCCUGUCGGAUCCGAAGGUUCGUGAUGAGUUCAUGCGGAAGUUUACAACAGGAACAGAGGUAGUAAAACGAAACGGUUCUUCAAAGUCCUCAAAAUGA